AAAUGGAAAUUACAAAUGAAACCUACAUAACAGAGUUUGUCCUAAAAGCUUUCCCGGGAAGCUCUGCAAAACUUACUUUUAUGUUUGUAAUAUUGUUAUUAAUUUACUUUGUUACUCUUGCUGGAAAUUUAUUGAUAAUUAUUAUAAUAUGCACUGAUUACCACCUUCACUUGCAAAUGUACUUUUUCUUGGUUUGUCUGUCUUUCAUGGAAAUCUGCGGAAUUUCCACUGUGAUACCUAAUCUUUUAGUCACACUUAUUGUACAUAAAUCAAUUCUUUCUAGGAAUGCAUGUUUCACGCAAUCCUAUUUUUACUUUUUUAUUUCAUCUUCUGAUUUCCUCCUCUUGAGUGUAAUGUCCUUUGAUCGUUAUGUUGCCAUCUGCUACCCACUCAGAUAUAGCUCCAUAAUCAGAAAAAGCACCUGUAUAAAGUUAGUGGCUGGUUGUUUGUUUACCUCAUUCUCCUGUCUCCUGUAUCCUACCUUGAUUAUUCCAACACUGCCAUAUUGUGGCCAUAUAUUGGAUCAUUUCUUUUGUGAAAGUGCUGCAUUGAUGAAAUUAAUCUGCGCAGAUACAAGAUUACUCAAACUUUCUGCAGUUAUAUCAUCAGUUUUUAUUCUAAUUGGACCUUUGUUGGUUACAAUAAUAUCAUAUAUUCUAAUUGUGUCAACCGUUAUAAGGAUGCCAUCAGACACAGGAAGACAGAAGACUUUUUCUACAUGUUUGUCUCACCUCACCAUGGUGUCUAUAGUAUUUGGAAGUGCCAUAUUUAUUGAAAUCAGACCACCUAAGAAAUAUUCAAUAGAAACUGACAAAGUGGUGAAUCUGGUAAGCACUGUUCUUGGUCCCUUAUUGAAUCCAUUUGUUUAUACUUUAAAAAACCAGAAGGUUAAAGGUUGUAUCAGAGAUGCUAUGACACGGAUUACAUUUCUUACAUAAUAGUAACUACAUGACUUCUUGAAAGCCUUGUCAGUCUCGAUCAGAUUCAAUUUCUGCGAAAUAAAUGAUGCAAAAUAAAUUGCGAAAUAAAUGAUCAAAAUUCCAUAAUUUAACACAGUCUUCAUAAACAUUUAACAAUAAACAAUGUAAUUUUAACUUUUGGAUUAUCCUUUUGCAUUAUUCAAGAUGACUCAAAUCUUAGUCAAAGCUCUUGCCUGUACAAAAAAAAAAUAGAAUAAUAAUAACAUGUACAGAGCUAUUUACUAUAGUGAAAUCAAUUUUAAGACUGAAGUGCCCAAGCUAGAAACAUAGCUGAGAAUUAUCUGGAGAAUGUCUCCAGUUUGGCUCAAUUGAUCUUCAAUGUUAAAUGCACUUUGGAUUCCUGAGAAUUCUCACUUUAGUGAAUAACCCUGUUGGUAAUUAUUUAAAAGAAAAUAAUAAAGGACCACUCCACAGUUAGAGAGAAAAAAAAUCACAAUUUAGUUGAUAUACCCCCAAUGAAUACAUGCAUGCAUUUUUCAUGCACAUAGUCAUUUGGGGGUAGAUAUUGAAAUAGUUGCAAAAGCUGCAAUUCUUAAGAAUUACAAAAUUUGCAAGACCUCUUUGAAAGACUUUUUUCCCAGAAUUCACAGAAAAAUAGGAAGCUUCUGGAGCUCUGCCCCUGUGCAUGCGCAGCUUUUUUUCAGAAGAAAACUGGCCUUAACUGAGGUCUGAGAAGGAGGUAUGCUGAAGGAGGCAGGUACACUGAAGUAGAGCAUGCCUGCCACUUCCUUUAGCUCAA